AGAUGAGGACGGAAGCACGACGAAAAAAUCUUCUUAUUUUGAUUUCGCAUUAUUUAACACAAGAAGGAUAUAUCGAUACAGCAAAUGCUUUGGAGCAAGAAACUAAACUGGGGUUACGACGCUUUGAAGUUUGUGACAACGUUGAUCUUGAAACUAUUUUGAUGGAAUAUGAGAGUUAUUAUUUUGUAAAAUUUCAGAAAUACCCCAAAAUUGUCAAAACGGCAUCAGACACAGCAGAAAAUAAUUUACCACAAAGAAGUGGAGGGAAGACCAGAAGGGUGAUGAAUGACAGUUGUCAAAAUCUUCCCAAGAUCAAUCAGCAGAGGCCCCGGUCUAAAACCACGGCAGGGAAAACAGGGGACACCAAGUCUCUCAAUAAGGAGCAUCCUAAUCAGGAGGUAGUUAGUAACACUCACCUGGAGAGUGCUGAUUUCGGCCUAACUAUAUCAAGAAUCAAUAAAGACGGUGGAGAGGAAAACUCCCACCCACGAAGAGGCCAAAUCAUUGACUUCCAAGGGCUGCUCACAGAUGCCAUCAAGGGAGCGACCAGUGAACUUGCCUUGAACACCUUCGACCGUAACCCAGACCCCUCAGAACGACUACUGAAACCUCUGAGUGCAUUUAUUGGCAUGAACAGUGAGAUGCGAGAAUUGGCAGCAGUGGUGAGCCGGGACAUUUAUCUCCAUAAUCCAAACAUAAAGUGGAAUGACAUUAUUGGACUUGAUGCAGCCAAGCAGUUAGUCAAAGAAGCUGUUGUGUAUCCUAUAAGGUAUCCCCAGCUAUUUACAGGAAUUCUUUCCCCCUGGAAAGGACUACUGCUGUAUGGCCCUCCAGGUACAGGAAAGACUUUACUGGCCAAAGCUGUGGCCACUGAAUGUAAAACAACCUUUUUUAAUAUUUCUGCAUCCACCAUUGUCAGCAAAUGGAGAGGGGAUUCAGAAAAACUUGUUCGGGUGUUAUUUGAACUUGCCCGUUACCACGCCCCAUCCACGAUCUUCCUGGACGAGUUGGAGUCAGUGAUGAGUCAGAGAGGCACGGCUCCUGGGGGAGAACAUGAAGGAAGCUUGCGGAUGAAGACAGAGUUACUGGUGCAAAUGGAUGGGCUGGCGCGCUCAGAAGAUCUCGUGUUUGUCUUAGCAGCUUCUAACCUGCCAUGGGAGCUGGACUGUGCCAUGUUACGCCGCCUGGAGAAGAGGAUUCUGGUCGAUCUCCCCAGCCAGGAAGCCAGGCAGGCCAUGAUCCACCACUGGCUGCCCCCUGUGAGCAAGAGCAGGGCCUUAGAGCUGCGCACAGAGCUGGAGUACAGUUUGCUGAGCCAGGAGACCGAGGGCUACUCAGGUUCAGACAUUAAGCUCGUCUGCAGGGAAGCAGCCAUGCGGCCUGUGAGGAAGAUCUUCGAUGCACUUGAAAAUCACCAGUCAGAAAGCAGCAACUUACCAGGGAUUCAGUUGGAUACAGUAACCACCGCUGACUUUCUGGAUGUGCUAACUCACACCAAGCCCUCCGCAAAGAAUCUGGCUCAGAGAUACUCAGCCUGGCAAAGAGAGUUCGAGUCUGUUUGAAACCACGUUUACCCUAACCUAACCACAAAGGCUUCCUAGUUUAUUAGUGUCCGUGGGAGAAGAACAAAAUGAUUGGAAUGGAAAAGAAAAUUAUUUUUGAAGACUGGAUUAAUUUGGGCCACUGUAUUCUUUUGAAUAGCUGAGAUAUAUUUAUUAAUUUACCAUUACUGAUGUCAGCAAAAUAUUGAGGGUUUCAAUUACAUACACAUACACAGACACACACACACACACACACACACACACACACACACACACGCACACAGAGUAUUAGGUUAUACAAUGGAGAUUUUUUUUGACAAUUAGACUCCAUAAAAGUUUAAUGAACAAUUUUCUGUAAGGUUACUCAUUUGUAAACUUUUGGAGAAAAAGAUGUACUUAGAAAAGUUGUGUUGACCACACACAGGAUGAUCCUGAGUUGGGGCAGCCAAGAAGAAGCGACAGGCACUGCCCAGCUGACAGUCCCAGGGUGGAGAAGGACAGGAGCAGAGAAGGCAAUGUAGUCUGUUUCUCAUUCUGGACAAUAUUCUGAAUCUCAUCAGCUCUCCCUAAUUCUGACCCCAUUCAGCUUUGUCAGCAGCAAACCCCUCCCAAAGUAGGCCCCACUCAGAAAUGUCACUAAGCAUUUUGAUCCUAGAACUAAUAGCCUGGGUGACUAGCACACCAUCACCACCAGCUGGCAGUUUGACUGUUUUGGGUUCUGGCCCCCAAUAACAUCUUUUCACUCUUCCCAUCUCACAUUCGGUGUGCUCUGCCCUUCUCUUUCCAUUGCCACAGCUUCUCAUCAGAUCCUAAGCUUAGGAUGGGGCACCUGAGCUUCUAGAACACUUGUUCCAAGUCCUCCCUGCUUUUAGGCUCUUCCCCACUCAAGGGGUUAUAAACAGCUAGAAGCAUCUCUCUCAGAAACGCACAAUCCGAGGCAUCUACUUUCAGUCCUUGAUAAAUUUUGAAGGCUUCCAGUAAGUAAUGCCACUUCUUUCCCCCACUAGAACUUACCUAUGGGAAAUUACCUUCUUUUUUCUUUCUUGCCUUGUUUUCAUCAUCCCUGCAGACAGAUUCAAGAGAGAAAAACCUUCCAGAAAAAGUGACACUUUGGAUAACUAAGUAACCCAAAUAAUUUUAUGCCAAACAAAACCACUGCAUUUUUUGGGGGUAUUAUUUUGAGAUUAUCCUCUUUAAAUGUUUAAAUGCCUCUUUAAACAUCAUUUCAUGGAAAAUGUCAAAUUGAAAAUAUACCUCAUUUAACAAAUUGGAAAUAAAAGAUUUCAUCUCAGUA